AUGGGCGAGGUGGGCGUCUUGCUGGGCGGCCUGGAGCUGGACGGGCCCGGCGUGGCCUCGUGGCUGGGCGGCGCGGCCGCCGGCGACGCUGCGGGCUCGGUGGCCGAGCGGCUGGGCCAGAUCGAGGGGCGGCUGCAGCGCGGCUCGCCCACCGACUUCGCCCACCUGAAGGGCGUCCUGCGCCAGCGGCAGCUCUACUGCCGCACCGGCUUCCACCUGGAGAUCUGCCCCAACGGCACCGUGCACGGCACCCGCCACGACCACAGCCGCUUCGGGAUUUUGGAAUUCAUUAGCUUGGCUGUAGGGUUGGUUAGUAUCCGUGGUGUGGACUCUGGACUCUACCUUGGGAUGAAUGAGCGAGGCGAGCUGUACGGAUCGAAGAAGCUCACAAGAGAGUGUGUUUUCCGUGAGCAAUUUGAAGAAAACUGGUACAAUACUUACGCCUCUACUCUGUACAAGCACUCUGAUUCCGAGAGACAAUAUUAUGUUGCUUUGAACAAGGACGGCUCCCCCAGAGAAGGAUACAGGACUAAGAGACACCAAAAAUUCACUCAUUUUUUACCAAGGCCUGUGGAGCCUGCUAAGAUCCCUGCAAUGUACAGAGACCUCUUCCACUACAGGUGACAUUCUCUAUUGCUUGGGAAGCCAGUGUA